UGUAUGGAUGAGUUCAACUUGUAAGAAAACAAGCUUUAAAAAAAUCACCAUGAAAACCCCAGAGGCCACAGAUGUCAAAAAGGGCAUAUCAGUCCUUUGGGAAACUCUGCAAUGUCCCAUAUGCUUGGAUUUGAUGACUGCGCCUGUAGCUACCAAGUGUGACCAUCAGUUUUGCAAAUUUUGUAUGAUGAAACUUUUGGACAGCUCCAAGCAAAACAGGGCCAGCUGUCCCGUGUGUAAAGCCAAGAUAACCAAAAGGAGCUUGCAGGAGAGUCCUGGAUUUCAGAGACUUGUAGCAGGCUUGCAGGAUAUGAUACAAGCAUAUGAACAUGACACCGGCACAAACUACUUCACUGGAGUGCCCCAGACAGAAAAACACUCAAGUGUCACAGAUGCUGAACAUACCAAACAUCCUCAUAGUGUGUCAUCUGGAGAUACACCCAGCACCGGCCUUGACAAUGUGGAAAGUGCUGACCAUGAAGAUCUUCCACGGUCCAACUCCUCAACCAUAGCAGCCCAGAAUGGAUUUGCAAGACUCAUGGGACUUGAAGAUUCGGCUCCUUUGACGACAGAAAACGAAGGCCUGGAUAGCGGCCUUGGUGGCGCUCCUCCAACCUCUGAUAAGAAAACAUCCAGCUCUACAGAUAAUGUGGAUCCAGCGCAAACAGAAGUGCCAGAAAUUGUGGCAAAAGCUACACCAUCACACAAAACUAGAAGCGAAAGGAAAUCUGUCAACUCUGAGAACCUUUGUCCGAUAUUAAUUUCCGAAGAGACCGAACCCCAACCUUCGAGAAAGUCCUCAAGGAAGAAACGGAAAAGGGAUUUGGAGCCUGAUAAGAUUCUUGAGCAAAAACAGAAGAAAAGUUUAGAGAAAGUCACUGAGUGGCUCAUGAAAGUCCCAACUGAAGGAGGUCUGGAGUUAGAGAAACCAGACGACGAUGCAGAUGACUCCGACAGCUCUUCUUCCGCUUCGACAAUAGACCUCAAGCAAAGCAUUAGUGAUUUGAUUCCUAAGAGAGAAGAGCGAACGAGAGCUCUUGAAGACCAGGUGUUCGGUGCCGUCUACAAACGAGAGCGGAGAGGAAACAAGACUUUCUCUCCUCCGCUUAACGUUUUUGUUGAGCCUCCAACACCUUCAGAAAUACAGAGGGAGGAAGACGAUCUCACUCCUGCUGAUGGUGAAAACAACAUAGAGGGAGAUGGAGAAAUGAUCGAGGAAGUAAACGACACUAGCAGUGACAUUUUUAAAGUAGUGGAGCAGAUGGAGAUCAGGGAGGAAAAUAACACACAUGUGGAAGAUUUGAACAGCUUCCCAGAAAGUGACAAAAACGAAGGUGUAGAUGAGGUUCCUUGUCCUGUGUCUGAUAUUGUACGGCAGCAACCAGCAACAAAAGCAAAGAAAAGGAUGGAUAACCCUCUGCAACAUGUGGACAGUGAUUUGCAGGAGCAGGCUAUGGCAAAAGCAGAAGGUUCUGAGCAAAAGAAAACUGACAAGCGGAAAGGUAAAAACGCAAAGCCGGAAAAAGGCAAACCUGCUCGAGUGCCGAAGCCCCUUGUUCUGGUGGGAGUUCAAAAUGGAGAAACCAGUCCUCAGACUAGAUCAGAGGAAGUACAAGUACAAAUUGAGACUUACCCAAGCAGUGAGGACCAAGAAACGCCCGUCAUGAGGAGCUCUAGGAGAAGUAGAAGACUUCAGCUCUUUGCAGAGGAAGUCCAGGAGGGCCGCAAGAAAGCAAACAUGAAAGCAAAGGUACCUGAAAAAAAACGCAGCACUUCAAAGAAAUCUGAAAACCCUAAAGGUGAGACACUGCAUAAUACGACACCUGAAAAAGACAGCGUGACAAAGGCAGCUACAAGAAACGGAUGUGUUUUUGAUGAAGAUAUAGGAGGAAUUGAAAACUUGGAGUCUGAUGAGAGAACAUCUUUUGUGAAGCCAGCAGAAAAUGUUACUGCAGAAGUGCCAAAUCCUGAAACUGUGCCAGAAGCCGGUGCUGCUGCUGCUUGUGUCUCUUUGGUCUCCAGUUCUUCAAGUCCAUCUGAUGCAACAGUGGUAGGUCCAACGCUUGAAGACGACAAGCCAACAAAUACUGUAACAAACAGUGUUCGGCUGGAGGCCUCGGUUUGCGAGACUAAAUGUGCUGAGACGGAAAACGACGAAGACAAGAACGACAGUGAGGUGGACACAGAGCAGCUACUCAGGAGCUUCAAAGCCACUAAAAGGAAAUCUUUCCAUCUUGGUUGUCCAAAUGUGAAAAGGAGCCGCCGUUCAGACAAAGACAACAUGCAAGUUACUGAAGCAAAGGAGGACCGUCGUGAUUGUUCUGAUGCUCCAAAGACAUCUGAGGCCACCAACCAAGAGGCUUUAAAAGACACUGAAAAGUCAUCUUGUAGCGAUUUCAUCUCUCCUUCCAUCUCACCCGUCCAGACGAGAAAAGCAGUCGCUGAGAAACCAGAUCAAGUGGUGGUAGAAACCUCGAUCCCUCACAGCAGUUGUUCAGAUCAGGACAGUGCUGCUGGUGACCUCAGGAGCAGUCUUAGCAGUGCCCUCAGUCCAAACAAAGUGACAAAAUCUGACAGAGAGAGUUCUCAACUCUCUGUUGUCCCUCAAAUAGUGGACUCCGGGCUUCGCUUCACAGCUGUUGAAUAUGAAGAGCCAAACAAAGCCCCCAACUGCUCUCAAAUCACAGACAGUCAGCUUGAUUGUACGGCGAGGGAUGCUGGCAAAGGAAACGAGAUCAGAGAUAGUUUAGCCAGAAAUUCAGCUGCUACUGUAAACUACUGUUCAGACAACACAGCUGAACGUAUCCCAAUUGCAGACUCUUCAUUAACCCCCGAUGACCUGCUACCUCCAUCCGUCGAAAUAGUCCACAAAGCAACGACAAAAGGUCCCGGCAGUGGGGAGGUCAGCGGCCAUUCCUCCAUUAAGACCAACCCGAGGAAGACGAGAAGGGCUCAGAGGCUGGAGUCUUCAUCCGAGUCCGAUGGCAGCGGAUCCAAAGAGGAAUUACCAACUUUGACUCAGAUCUUUGGGACGUCAGCUCGUCCCUCUGCUGUGAAUCAGGAUCAAAUAGAGUCCUGUCAGGUUGCUUGUGUUACAGCUGAUGCAGCAGAACCUUUGAGCCCCGACAGCGUUAACUCCAGCCAAGGGUCUGUGGACCUGUUCGGCACACCAGAUGAAUGUGACGUCCCAGUAAAUGACAUCAGUGUUUCCUUUGAAUCAUCACAAUUCUCAAGCGAAGUCCUUGUUACACAGCAAAAGAUAGAAAUGCAGAAGGAGCUGGUGAGGCUGGAGAAGCUGAUGGCUCUGGUGUCAGAGGUGCUUCAGGAGAAAGAGGAAAGUCCAGCGAAGGAAACCCAUCAGGGCAGCAGAAGUACAGGCACAGAUGCUCACAAAUCCCAUCUCUGUGACCGGGAUGCAGGCCAAGGGUCAGACGGGAAGCAUGUUCCAGACGCAGGACGAGAUCUAAAUGCAGGAACUUCUGAUGGCAAAGGGGUCACCGAGCGUGGCGGCAUCACAGAGACGGGGUUGAGCGUCAAAGGCACCGGAGGCUCCAAAAUGUCCGGUUUAGCUUCAGUAGCCAAGACGCUAAAGAACUGCAGUUCACCAUCAGACGGGCAAGACGACAAAGAAAACGACAGUCCCCCGAAAGACGGAUGUAAAGCUAAGCUGGUGCUGGUGUCGUCUGGAUUGGGCCCCAGUGAGCAGAUAAUGGUGAAAAAGUUUGCAAAGAGAGUCGGAGCCCGUGUGGUUUCCCAGGUGACGGCAGAUGUGACUCAUAUCAUAAUGCAAACAGAUGAACAACUGGUAUGCGAGCGCACGCUGAAGUACUUCCUUGGAAUUGCAGGCAGGAAGUGGGUGGUGGGCUUCCAGUGGAUUACUGAGUGCUUCAAACAAAAGAAACUCUUAGAUGAGAGUCCAUUUGAGGUGAGAGGGGAUGUGGUGAAUGGAUCCAACCACCAGGGUCCCUGGAGGGCUCGUACCACUGACGACAGUAAUCUGCUCAUGAGGGGCUUCAAGAUCUGCUUCCAAGGGCCGUUUACAGACAUGACGACAGGUGAAAUGGAGUGGAUGGUGGAGCUCUGUGGGGCAGCUGUAGUUAGAGAUCCACUUUUCCUCGACAGUAAACAGAAGUCCCAUCAGCUGGUCAUCGUGCAGCCUCGAUCAGACUCGUCGUCUUCCACGUACAGCAGUCUCUCCAGACGAGCCACGGUCGUGAGCCGCGGUUGGCUGCUGGACACGGUCGCGACCUACACCCUCCAAAACUUCAACAACUACACGACGUGAGCCGAGGAACACGACACUCAGUCCUCUCAUGACCACUUUUACCACUUUUAAUGUCCAGUUCUUAAACCAGUCCAGUUCUGUGUGUAUUGUAUAAUCUGAUGUAUAUAAAGUUUAAUCAAUGGAAGAUGAA